AGUAAUAGGUUUAUAUAUAUACACCCCUUUCGAUACGUUCGUUGCUCAUCUUGUUUUCCCCGGUCACACGUACCCCCUCUUAGUACGUCGUGACGUGGCUUUAUAGUCCUUUCCUCCGUCACUCCCCCUCCCCCCCCCAAAAAAAAAAAACCGUGCGCAUUACACGAAACAACGUUGCACUUCACUUCACAUCAUCUUAUCAUCCCUUUUCUCUUUUUGUAUUGUGUGUGUUCCUAGUACACGAACGUUUGAUUUCAUUACUAUACUUAGUGUUGUUUUCUCCGUCUCCCGGUCCUUUUCUUUUGGUUGUGGUUGCUGGUGUCGUUUGGGGUACUGCUGUGUGGCUAGCUGACAUUGGCGCAUCACCAUCCUAUCACAGCGUCGAGAAUCAUGCCAAAGUUGGGAGAGCCAUGGCUGCCACAGGGCACUGUUGCUGCUCCGGUUCCCGCCGCUGCGGCUGCCUCCACUAAGGCAUCGCCGCCACCACAGGCACACCCGCCACCCAACCCUGGUGGUGCGGCGCCGAAAGGCCUGCCCCCCAACGCCGUUCUCAUCAAGGUGUCUAAACCCCUCACCUCGCACCCCUCCUCCAACUUCACCUCUGCAUCCUCGAGUUCGCCUGCGCUUACCCCUGCCUCUGGUUCUACCGCGAAGGAGGCGGCGGUGGGGCCGCCCACGCCAGUGCCGGUGCCGGCGCAGUCCUGGUACGGAAACCCUUUCACGCUCUCCACCAACACCCCCAUGUCAGAAUUUCAUCGAUCCAUGCGCGGGAAGGUUUUUUUCUCCCCUCGUGCGGUUCCCGUGGUGGCGUCGGAGCUGCUGUCCCUGCCAGGUGAGAGACCGCCGCAGCUAACUGUGUGUGAAAUCGGCAAAGACCUUCUUUACGGCGUGGGCUACCUCUAUAACACACCACUCUCCGUGGAGCAUCAGUGGCGCGGCCGUGUGGCGCAUCUUCUGCGCGUACGCAGCAAUCAGGCGCCCAUCCCCAACAUCGUGCGCCGGCGGGCGGAGGCCGUCGCGGCAUCGCAGCAGAAGCAGCACCAGCUGCAACAACAGAAGGGUGGAGGCACCAGAGAGGUCCGGCCAAGCGAGAAGUCGAAAACACCCGCCUCGCCCUCGCCAGCACCACAAGAGGGCGGUGCAGUGGUGCCCAUCGAUUACGCACACACGAUGGUCUACGAGCGUGGCGAGGCCGCCGUGUAUGAUCGGCCCUGUGACGACCUUCUCAUCGGCAUCAAACUCUACGUGAACGAAGAGCUCGUGGAAGACCAUUACCCCAUCGUGAACGCCCUCCCACAGUGCACUGCGACGCUGGCGGUCAAGGAAGCCACGCAGCACUGGAACUGCGUUCCGUUUGUACUGAUGGGAUACUUAAACCAACUCAUGCUGGAGCCCAUCUGCAUCUACCACGCCUUGUCACUAAACUUUGUCGAACACUUACUGCGCGUCAAGAUCCCAGCAAGUGCGGCUCCGGCGAGGGCGCCAAAGACGGCCGUUAAGGCACCAACUCCCAGUGACGCAAAGCCCGUCCCUAAAAAGAAAUCUCCACCCUCUGUAGAAUUGACCUUGCGGGUGGAGGUGGUGUACGGCUGCCGGGCAGAAGCCUUUUACUGCACCGACUUCAUUAGCCGUGGUGCAUGCACCCUGCGCAUGAGGGAGUCGUCGAAGCGGGCGCUAAAGAACUACGAGGAGAAACUGCGCGCGCUGGUGCGUCUGCGACUGGCGGCACCGCAGCUCAUCGCGCGUAGCAGCAGAUGUGAUUCGCCUCCGCCGCUACCGCCACGCAACUGCAGCGUCUGUGGCCACCCACUGCAGUACCAAUGCACGGUCUGCGGAGCCGACGUGUGUGGGAUGCCGAUGUGCGUGGCAACCACCGUCGUCGGCUACCCACGCGCGUGCACGAAACAUGCGUUGCCACUCAACAAACCGGGCUAA